AUGGCUGUCUCCAAGUGUGUGUCCAUUAAUACACCUAACAGCAGCAGCAGCAGAGCCGCUGUUCUCUCUGAGGCGUCGGAGCUGCUGUCGGCGCGGUUGGGGCUGCGGGAUCUCGUGGAGCAGCAGCCAGUUGGGGGCGCCCUGUCACCGAGCAGCGAGACGAAAGAUGUGCGCUGGUGGCACAUUCCGCCUGCGCACCUCGGCGACUGGUGUUGCAACCGCCACGGCACACUUCACGGUGGGUUGUGUCUUGCGCUCCUCUUCGCUUUCUGCAAGGCUCACGUGGGCCUGCGGUGCGGGAGCGGUGGCACAGUGACGCGGGUGCACACGCAGUACAUGAGUCCUGUCUCCACCGUCUCGCCGCUCAUGGUGCGGACGGCGCUAACGGAUGUCAGUGAUGACGCCGUGCGGACGACGGCGGAGGUCUACUCACACAAGCAGUACCAAUUGGGGCGGGCAGCAGCGCCUCUCUGCGCUGCUUCCAUCACUAUUAUGCGGCGUCCUGCGUACCACUCACAUAUGUGA